AAAAAACUUCCUAAAAAUUGAGGGUGUUUAAAAUCUUACUGUGAAGGCCAGGGAGAUGGACCACUUGCUUUGCAAACGAGAAGACCUAAAUUCAGAUCCCCAGAACGUGUGCAAAAAGCCAAGUACAGUGGCUCACACCUCUGACCCCAGUGGUGGAGAGAUGUUCUGGGCUAGUCACAGACUGUCUCAAACUAACGGAAGGUACCUGGGACCCAUAGUGGAGGUUGUCCUGUAAUUCUCAAACACACGCACCUGCACUCCCACACACGUCCCCUCCCACGAAUGUGCACUUCAUGCACACACACCACAGAUUUAACAUGAGAAUUAUUUUCAGAAAAUCAAUUGCUUUCCAAAUAUUCCCUGAGCAUUGCCAACGUCCGUGGUGCAGAUUAGACGGUCUAUGGUGACAACGAGGCUAUGCAGGCAGGAAAAUUAGAUUUAAAAAGAAAAAGUCAGUGAAGGAAAGGUGCUUUUCCAAAUGCUGGUUUGCUCAGUUUCAAAGACAGUCUCUAGACAAUCUGUAACAGCUGGGCACUACAUUCAUGCCCACUCAUGGAAGAACGGUGGCCCUACGCCUGACUAUAAAUAAUACAUCCACCUGGCUCUCCAGGGAGGAUUGGGUUGAUCUGUUGUUCCACUGCAGUUUCCCUGUCACCCUACAAUGACAAGAUGAGGCUGGGCCAUUACACAACGUGAGCUACGGUUACAGUUAUAGACACUGCACUUGUGGGCAGCCCGCAGGGCUGAGAUCCAGUUAGCUGAUAGGAUUACCAGCCCGGAAUCCAAUGCAGCCUGCACAGAGAAGGUCUGUAUUGUGUUACCUCUGCAAAUAUUUUAAUCUAGAAACAAUGUAGAGUGGAUACAAAAAUCCUGGAAUAUCUGACGCCUGGGUGUGGCUUAGGACUUAUUUUGAGCCAGCUGCUAGGUUUUGGUUUUUCUUUUUCCUCCUCAUGGAGGAUAAAUAGAAAUCCACAGCUAGAAAUAGAGGCAGAGAACAUAAAGGUUAGGAGUGAAACUGAGUGUUCUCUGACUGCUCUUACAACAAAGACAAAGAACUUAGAUUGCAUCAGAAGUUCCCUGUGAGUUUUCAGUGACCUCUUCCUUAGAGGGACAUGGGAGAAGCCGCACACAAUGUGAAAGGGUUAAUUUUGUUCUGUCGUUCGAGUGCAACCAACUUUCCGGUGAUUGAAAGAAGUAAAAUGUGAUUUCCAGUUAACGGCUGGCUCGUUUGCAUUGCACGACUCUUCACUGUGUGGUGUCAGGACCCCAAGAUGCAGGGAAACUUUUCUUUCUACCCCUUCAACUUGGGUGUGAAUAAGCCGGAACUCUGCUCACACAGGCCUGCCUUCUCCACUCUGUGCAUAGAACACACAGUGCAGACAUUCAAUGAAAACCAGACAACAUAUUUUGAGCUUUAAGAAUGCCAAGGCCAGACAGCGGAGGACCACAGAUAUCAGCCCAUACCAUCAUGGACGAAGCUGACUUUUCGGAAGAUAUGACUUAUAAACAGCAGGAGGACUUGCCUUAUGAUGGGGACUUCUCUCAGAUGAAGAUAUGCACUUCUUACAACUUUACCUUAACAAAUGACACCUUUCCUAUCUCACUGGCAGGAGAAGACCCUCAGGAAGCAGAAGCGGUUGUUCCCCGUGAGGCGGGCCAGAGCACAGCUCUGCCCCAGACUUGGGAUAAGAUGACUAUUGCCAGCAACAGGCCUGAUAACGAUAAACAGUGCGCCUUGGCUCCUCCUGUUCCAGCCAAUAGAGAAGAUACCUCCAAGCCCCACGUCUCAGACACUUUACUCCAUCAUCUCUCCAGACAGCAAUUCUUCAGGGGUCAAGGCGCUGGCUCUGAAACUCUCCCAGAGCCCUUGAAUGCUGAGGGUCUUGGUGACUCAGAUGCUCUUACAAAUAUCAUUUCGCGUUAUGCAAAAAAUUAUUACCCCAGAGAACAAACCCCAGAAGUCACUGGCCAGCCCAGUCCACAAAAUGGUGCGUCAAAUAGCAGCAAACCCUGUUGCUCCCCUGGCACAGAGGGAGAAAAUACCUCUCCCUUAGAAACGCCAGUGACUGCUGCGAAGAGCAGCCAUCAGGAAGAUCCGAGCCUUCUAACCGGAACUAAAGGUCCAGGUGAUAAAUACAAAAGCUUCCUGAGGCAGACGCCCCAGAGACAGCUGGCUCACAAAGCUAGUUUAGGCAACGGGUUCAGAUACAGCCAGGCUCAAGUGCACUACCAGUUUCCAGAUGUUUCUAAGGUUGCUCCCGAAGUGAAGAUCCCUCGGAACAUUGUAACUAAUAAACCACUCACAAUAGCUAACCGAGGCAGCUGUUCUCUUAGGUUGAGAAAUAAAUCAACAGUUGUGCAAGAUAAUUCAGGAACCCUGUCUGGGUCAAAUCGUGUUGAAAAACAACCAGAGCAAAAACGGAAAUUUACUGAACCUUUGCAACAAAUACAGGUGCAGCCUGCCACACACACCUGCCAAGAACCUCUCACAGGACUGGAACCUGAGAAAGGGUGCUUGGAUUUGACACCGACACCUCGAAAAGAUCCUUUCUCGAAUUCUUACAUAUUUCAAAAGAUCUCCCAAGGAAAACAGAUGUGCCAGAAACUGGAAGAACAGACUGAGCAACUGAAGAAUAAGGUACAAGAAUUUUCCAAAAGAAUAAAACAGGACUCUCUCUGCUGUUUGCGAGACAUAAGGCUGAUGACCAAGGAACAUGUUGGCUGUCUUCCAGAGCCCUGGGGCUCACAAGGACGUGAGGUGAAAGGGCUGCCAAGGGGAGAGGCCACCUCCAAGGAGCUCAGUGAGCUGACCCCAAAGAUGAAACAGAAAAUGGAGAAGAGGGGACACAGAAGGACCAACUGUGGGAAGUUUUCCAGUAGCAACCACGAAAAAACACCACACCAAGACUGGCCUCUCAGUUCUGAUCCAGGGCCCAGCUUCCAACCUGAUUCUGGCACUGGGCUGCAGAGUAACAAAUGUGAGGCGGACGGCAACAAGAUGCAGAACUCCCAGAGAGUCUUCGAGGAAGACCCACCGAAAGAAUUUUAUUAUAGAUAUGACACUCCAGGACAAGAUGACUUAAAUCACAGAGGAGGAUUCACCUUUGUCCAGUCUCAUGUCUUACAUGAAAAUAAAAUCUCUUCAUCUUCUUGUUCAAAAGCAAAAUGGAUCUGGUCCUGGAGAGCGAACUCAGAACCUUUUGGAGACGAGCACGGUUCUGCAGCAGGAAAACUUCCCAAGACUUACCUGGCCCCUACCUCCGACCUUGUAACACCGUCACCCCACCUCUGCUUCUUCAGGAUUCCUAGAAUCCAGUCCUCAUGUGCCAGCAGCAGCAUGGAAGAAAUAGAAUCUAAGGUGAGGACCGAGAAAAUCCUCGCAGCCCAGGCACCUGGCCUUCGUGAGCACAGACAAGCUAGCUUUCGAGCCAGUAAAGGACAGGCCUUCAGAAAAUGUUCUAAGAACAAUUUCUGCUCAGCGCUACCCUAAAAGUGCAGGACCUCAACAGCCACAUGGUUUUCAUUAUUCCUAAACUAAAUCCAAAGGAAACUUUCUGGAGAAAGCGUUUGGUGGGUGAGACCUCCUCUGCAGGAUUGCCCUGGCCCAGGCUCGAAGGCCCCCGUCUGUCGCAGUGACUGCGGUUAGGGGCGCCUACUAUGUUCAGACUGUAACACCAGCCUCGGUUACUUUCAUAUGCCUGUGUGGUAUCAGUCGGUGCCCACUCUCAGUCCUUGUCGCUGGCCCCUGAGAGCUGUUCUUCUCUGUGGCAGGAACAGGGAAUCGGGCUGCUUUCCUCCCCCUCUGACUCACUCUCAUCAGUCGUGUGUUCAUCUCCUUCCUCUCCCUCCCCUUGACAAAUACAUUCCAUCUCAGACUGGUUGCCUAGGAGACCAACCUCAAAAAACAGAAAUAAAAGCAUGUGGAGACAGAAUGCUCCAAAGAUUCCGUCCUGUAAUGUUUCAUAAUGAGUAGAUCCAAUGAUCAGAGACAUUAGUAGAUUUAUGUAACUAAAAUGUGCGGGCUUUCUCUCUGUAGAUUUUAAACUCGCCUUUGGAUCAUGCCUUAAGGACAGCAACCAAACUGAAAAAAAACACCGACCAAAUGAUCAAAUCCAUUGCAGAAGACCUUACCAGAGCACAGCGAUGGAGACAGCAGCUAAAAUAGCACUAACUCAACCCUGGGCAGCCAAGUGUUAAAGUGUUGGGUCUUCUCCAAAAUAUCUUACUUGUGACAUAAUGCAGGAAGAUGGUUUUCUAGAGAAAACACUAAAACUUUAAGAAAUGAAUUACGCAAAGUGUUUAAAUGGAAAAAAAAAACGGAAAGUAAGCCCUCUGACAUUUAUGUAUUUAUGUGAAAAUAAAUCUAUGUUCUUCCUAAUUCUUAAUGAAAUAAACACAAUAAAACGAA